GGUCGAGAAGGAAUCGCGCGGUCGUCGUCCUCGUCCAGCGAAGGCGCAGGUGAAUUCAGGCGGGAGCCGCUCCGACUCCACUGCUGAGUUCGCUCGACUCGCCUUCCGCUUCCAGCCCACACACCUCUCUCUCUUCUUCCUCUCUCGUGCCUUCGCGUCUCGGCCAAAACCUAAGCCAUCUCGUGCCUCCUCCUCCUUCUUCUUCUUCUUCUUCACCUGCCUGAAUCGCUGCUGCUGCCGCUUCCGGCCCCCGUCUCUCUCCCUGCGUUCCUUCGGCAGCCUCCCGUCGCGCCUUUCUGCCGUCCGUUCGGCGACACCCGCAGCGCCCGGAGCCGUCGCGAGCUGCUCGGGAGCUCCAGACAUGUCGGACAUCAGGAAGUGGUUCAUGAAGUCGCAUGACAAAGGCAAUGGCAAUGCGAAGGUUGGGAAGCCCGGGUCGAGCGAUUCGGGAAAACUCCCUCCGGCAAAGUCUCAGCCUGCUGAUGAGCCUGUGCAUCCGGUUCAGGAGACUUCAACUAGGAAGAAAACCAGCAAGUAUUUUGCUGCAGAUAAGCUGAAGCCGAAAGAUGAAAUUGAACCAGAAGAGGUUUCAACCAAAAGAAAACCUCAAAAGGAUACCGAGCAAUCUCUGAAACCCCCUCCUUCUAAGAAAAUGCACAAAGUUGAGGACGACGAUGACGAUGACUUUGUCUUGCCCACUCCUAAGAAACCAUCUGAUGUCACCACACCUAGCAAGAAACUGAAGUCUGGUUCUGGUAGGGGGGUUCCAAAGAAACUAGUAGAUCUUGAAGAGAGCGACGAUGAUGAUCAUAAGGAUGUUAAAUCUCCUCCGAAGUCUGGUGGAAGGGGUCGUGGUGGUAGAGGUGCAUCUGCAGCUCCAGCUGGUGGAAGAGGCAGGGGCAGCGGUGGACGAGGUGGAUUUAUGAAUUUUGGAGAAAGGAAAGAUCCUCCUCAUAAGGGGCAGAAGGAAGUCCCUGAAGGUGCUCCAGAUUGUUUAGCAGGUUUAACUUUUGUAAUCAGUGGAACGCUUGAUAGAUUAAUUAGUGAACAUUCACAAUUUUCCAGUUUGGAGAGAGAAGAAGCAGAAGAUCUAAUUAAACGCCAUGGAGGUCGUGUCACUGGAUCAGUCAGCAAGAAGACGAAUUACCUGUUAUGUGAUGAAGAUAUUGAAGGACGGAAAUCUGCAAAAGCGAAGGAGCUCAGAACGACUUUUCUUACGGAGGAUGGUUUGUUUGAUCUGAUCCGGUCAUCACUUCGUACAAAAACACCUGUUCAAGAGAAGUCCAAGAGUAUAGAGAAAGCUGUGCCGUCUUUGACCAAGAAAACUCCACAAAAAGUUGAUCCGAAAAGUGUAUCUCCUCAAGGUUUGGCACCAGACUCCCGCGCUGCUUUGAAGAAAGAUCAAAUUUCUAAACCUUCUUCUUUGACAUGGACUGAAAAGUAUAGGCCAAAAGUUUUGAAUGACAUCAUUGGAAAUCCAUCACUGGUAACUCAGCUCCAUAGUUGGUUGGCACAUUGGAAUGAACAGUUUCUAGAUACCGGAAAGAAAGGUAAGGGGAAAAAUCAAACUGAUUCUGGUGCUAAGAAAGCUGUUCUGUUAAGUGGAUCUCCUGGUAUUGGGAAAACUACGUCAGCAAAAGUGGUUUGCCAGAUGCUAGGCUUUCAGGCAGUGGAGGUGAAUGCUAGUGAUAGUCGUGGAAAGGCUGACGGCAAGAUCUCUAGAGGGAUAGGUGGCAGCAAUGCCAAUUCCAUUAAGGAACUUGUGAGCAAUGAAUCCCUAAGUGUCAACAUGGAUUGGUCUAAGCAUCCCAAAUCCGUGCUCAUAAUGGACGAGGUCGAUGGAAUGUCUGCUGGAGAUAGAGGAGGAGUUGCAGAUCUUAUUGCUAGCAUAAAGAUCUCCAAAAUUCCAAUUAUCUGCAUCUGCAAUGAUCGCUAUAGUCAGAAACUGAAAAGUCUUGUGAACUACUGUUUGCUUCUGAACUUUCGGAAACCUACAAAGCAACAGAUGGCAAAGAGGUUAAUGCAAAUAGCUAAAGGAGAAGGCCUUCAAGUUAAAGAGGCUGCUCUUGAGGAACUUGCUGAAAGAGUUAAUGGAGAUAUCCGUAUGGCACUCAAUCAAUUGCAGUAUAUGAGUCUCUCGAUGUCAGUGAUCAACUACGAUGACAUGAAACAACGCCUUCUUAGCAGUGCAAAAGAUGAAGAUAUAUCGCCCUUCACGGCUGUCGAUAAGCUGUUUGGCUUCAAUGGGGGCAAAUUAAGAAUGGAUGAGCGGAUUGACCUCAGCAUGAGUGAUCCUGAUUUGGUCCCUCUUCUUAUACAGGAAAAUUAUAUGAACUAUAGACCUAGUGCUGCUGGCAAGGAUGAUAAUGGGAUAAAACGCAUGUCCUUGAUUGCCCGGGCUGCUGAUUCUAUUGCCGACGGGGACAUUAUAAAUGUACAGAUACGAAGAUAUCGCCAAUGGCAGCUCUCUCAAGCUGGUUGCCUUGCUUCUUGUAUAAUCCCUGCUGCAUUGUUGCAUGGGCAAAGGGAGACACUUGAACAGGGUGAGCGUAAUUUCAACAGAUUUGGUGGCUGGUUAGGAAAGAACUCAACGACGGGCAAAAACUUGCGACUUUUGGAUGAUCUGCAUGAUCAUCUUCUUGCUUCUCGUGAAUCUAAUUCUGGAAGGGAAUCUUUGCGAGUUGACUACCUGUCCCUCCUCCUUAAGAGAUUGACUGAUCCUCUUAGAGUGCUGCCUAAGGAUGAAGCUGUCAGAGAAGUUGUGGAGUUCAUGAAUUUAUAUUCAAUCAAUCAGGAAGACUUUGAUACUAUAGUGGAACUAUCAAAAUUUAAGGGACAUCCAAAUCCCUUAGAUGGCAUUCCACCUACUGUCAAAUCUGCGCUGACCAGGUCGUAUAAUGAAAGCAGCAGGUCAAGGAUGGUACGAGCAGCAGAUUUAGUUACACUACCAGGAGUAAAGAAAGUGCCUAAAAAGCGGAUUGCAGCUAUUUUGGAGCCAUCUGAUGAUGGAUCGGGAGAGCAAAAUGGUGAUGCCUUGGCAGAAAGUGAAGAGGAGAACUCUUUUGACACGGAAGACCAAGAGGGUGCUGCUAAUGGUGAGAAGAAGCUGCAAUUGGACCUUGAGGGACUAAAUUCUAAAGCUAUAAAAGUGGAAUUGGACUUGAAGGGUAAUGAGAACUCAAGCGCAAAGAAGAAACCAGCAGGAAGAGGAAGAGGUGGAUCCACUGCAGCUAAGCGAGGGGGGUCGGGUUCUACUCCGGCUACGAAGAGAAGGCGAUGAAAGUGCAGACCAACUUCUUGACGAGAUGGUUUUUGUUGAAGUAGGGCCAAUUUCCUAUGUAUAUCUUCUCUUCUCUUUUCAGAAAUCUGCACCGAAUUGUCCGUUUGAGUCCACUGUGUGUUGCCUCUUGAUGAUGUCUGUGUCGACGAAUUUUCCGGCCAUGGCGUACUGUGAUGCAUUACAUCGAUGCCAAAGGCAAAUCUACUGUUUCGGGGUGUAUCAUCA